UUGGCAGCCAUUGUCAACCCGCGCACUGUCCUUUCCAUCGCUCGCUCCCCUCCGAAAGCAGUCGCGCAAUCCAGGCAAUUGCCCCCAAUGUCUUCCUCAGGAGUUAACGUGCUCCGCUACACGGCCCUCGGCCUGGGCAUUUUCUACGGCUUCACACACCAGCGAUCCAUUACCUCAAGCCAGAAGGCCGCGGCCGCCCAGAAGGAGUACGAGCGCAAGGAGAAGUUGAUAGAGCAGGCCAAGGCCGAGUUCGCUAAGAAGAACUCGCCCGUCAAGGCUGCGGAUGCCGGAGUCAACCAAGACCCCAUGGACCCCAAGUUUGACCUUGAGGCCUACUUCAACAACUUGGUGAAGCAGAACCCGUGA